GGAAAUUGAGGGAAAAAAAGAGCAGAGAAACAGGGAAGGCUGAAACUAGACUCCUUAUACCCAAAUGGACGGCCCAGAUUCGUUCUCCCUUCCCCACUCUUUCUGUUUAUCUUCUCUUCCACCUUCCAUUUAUUCGCCAACACUUCCUGCUCUCUCUCUUUCAUUCUCUAAGAGAACUGUAGAGUAGAGACAAAGAAGAUGAUGUUGGGAAAGAGAGCCCGGCCUCAGAUUAAAAGAACCACCAGCAUGACCGGGAUCACCGUUGAUCUCGGCCACGUUGAAGCUCCGGCGCCCGCCGAUCCCCAGAACCCCAUCAAAGAUGUUGACGCCGCGACGAGAGUAGAGAACAUGGCUGCGGGUUCCAAUGGAUACGAUCCCCGGUUUUUAGCGGCCACGGUCUCCCCGAGAAUCCAUAGGAGAAGUUCCGGCGAGUUCAUGGAGACUGCUCAUUUCUUGAGGACCUGUGGCCUCUGUCAGCGCCGUUUGCAACCUGGUCGCGAUAUCUAUAUGUACAGGGGAGAUACCGCUUUUUGUAGUCUAGAGUGCAGGGAACAGCAGAUGAAGCAAGACGAACGAAAAGAAAAAUACUCAGGUAUGGCUUCAAAGAAAGAAGACCACCGGCACCAUGCAUCAGCACAGACCGCCGCUGCCUCGGAAGGCGAGACUUUGGCCGCUGCUUGAAGAGUAUUACGAGAGGGAGAGAAAAUCACAUGGAUGGUCUCCUUGGCCUCCUCCGUAUCUAAUACAACAACGCUACUGAUCCAUAUGAUAUGAUAUGAUAUGAUAUGAUGAUGAUGAUGAUGAUGAUAUUUGUGUAAAAAACCAUGACGAUGUGGUGCACCUGCUGCACCCUCUAUCUCUUUGCAAUUUGCAAAUGAAAAUUAGGCAAUGCUUUCUCACUCAGAUCUCCAUCUGCUUCCAAUCUAGGCCCCCUUGUUUUCAUUCCCUCUUUCUUGCUUCACUCCUUUCUCCUUCAUCACCAAUGGAAUUGGGAUAUGUUUUUUUGCU